UUGUUGUAAUGAGUAAUCCUGCUCUAACUGUUGUGGUGUUGCUUCCUCUGCUCAUCCUCUCAGCACCAUUGCUGUGCAAUCUUUAGAACCCAAUUGUUCGAAGAAAUACCCUUGACAUAAAAAUGCUAUCUUUCGCAAUAACCAUACCUGUUGUUCCAGUAAUCACCAUUAACAAAUGGAAGCAGAGACAUCUGCAAAGGCUAAGGCAAAGGGUUUCAGCUUCUAUUCACCAUGACAGCCUCAGAGUCCUCGAAUGGGACAAGCUUUGCGAUGUAGUCGCUUCCUUCGCCACCACUUCUUUGGGUCGUCAGGCCCUCAAGGACCAGCUAUGGUCUCUGAAUCAAACUUUCGAAGAAAGUCUUGCCCUUCUCGAGGAAACCAAUGCUGCUGUUGAAAUGCACAGGCAUGGCACUCUCAGAUUGCACUUGGGGCACCUUGAUGCUAUGCUGGUCAAAACCGCCAUUCAACAUGCCCGGAGAAGUACACCAGUGAGUGGCAGUGAGGCACGGGCCAUUGUCACUCUUCUGCAGUGUGCUGAAAUUUUGCAGGGUGAUCUCAAGGCUGCAAUUAAGGAAGACAAAGAUUGGCAUGGUCGUUUCAUGCCUCUUACAGAACUGAUAUUGGAAUUUGUCAUCAAUCGGUCCUUAAUUAAAGUGAUAGAGCAAGUUGUUGAUGAAGAUGGAUCUAUUAAGGACUCUGCGAGUCCAGCCCUUAAACAUUCGCGACAACAAGUGCAAGUGAUAGAGAGAAAGGUAAAACAGCUAAUAGAGAACAUAAUCAGGAGUGAAAGGAGUGAAACCUCAAUUCUUGAAAUGAAUAAUGUAGAUGGCAGGUGGUGCAUAAAAGUUGAUUCUAGACAAAAGACAAGUUUUAAGGGUCUAUUAUUGUCCAGUGGAUCAGGAAUUGGAAGUACUAUAGAGCCACUUUCUGUUGUGCCUUUAAAUGAUGAGUUGCAGCGAGCAAGAAGUUCAGUGGAAAAGGCUGAAGCAGAUGUGCUUUUGACAUUAACCAAAAAGAUGCAGUUGGACGUUGAAGAUAUUGAAAAGAUAUUGAACAGUUUGGUUCAACUAGAUGUGAUUAAUGCUCGUGCUACUUAUGGACUUUCAUUUGGAGGGUCAAGUCCGCAUAUAUUUUUGCCAGACAGGAGCAGCGCUUCUACUACAGAUGCCUUCUCAAGGAGGAAUGAAAAUUCCUAUGGACCAUUACCCAAAAAAAGGGAAUGGAAGUUGUAUCUUUUAAAAGCUUAUCAUCCUCUUUUGCUCCAUAGGCAUAGGGAGAAUUUGCGGAAGACCAAAAAGGACGUCAAUCUUGCUACAUCAGAUGGCACAGACAAUGCCCUACCAGUAGCAGUUGAUUUUUUGGUGUCUAAGAAAACUCGUGUUAUAGUUAUAACUGGUCCUAAUACUGGUGGUAAAACCAUAUGUUUGAAGACUGUAGGAUUGGCUGCUAUGAUGGCAAAAUCAGGUCUCUAUGUUCUUGCUUCAGAAUCUGCAAAAAUUCCUUGGUUUGAUUCUGUUUUUGCUGACAUUGGUGAUGAGCAGUCCUUAUCACAAUCUUUGUCUACGUUCUCUGGCCAUUUAAAGCAGAUAAGUCAUAUUAAAUUACAGGCAACGAGCCAAUCGCUAGUGCUACUUGAUGAGGUUGGUGCAGGAACAAACCCUCUUGAAGGAGCAGCGCUAGGAAUGUCAUUGUUGGAAUCUUUUGCUCAUGAUAGUUGUUUGUUAACUAUGGCAACGACUCAUCAUGGUGAAUUAAAAACUCUAAAAUACAGUGAUGAAGCCUUUGAAAAUGCAUGUAUGGAGUUUGAUGAAGUGAAUUUGAAGCCAACUUACAAGAUUCUGUGGGGUGUUCCAGGGCGCUCAAAUGCAAUAAAUAUAGCUGAGAGGUUGGGACUACCAUCUGUUGUUGUAGAUACUGCUCGUAAGUUAUAUGGUUCUGCUAGUGCAGAGAUAGAUGAGGUAAUAACUGAUAUGGAAAGGUUGAAACAAAAUUACCAAGAGCUGAUGGAUGAAGCGCGUAAUUAUCUGAUGCACUCCAGAGGACUUUACAAUAGUCUAUUGAACACCAGAAGGAAGAUUGUGAAACAUAGUACUGAUAUACAAUUAAAGAAGAUGAGAGAUGUAUCUGAGGCUGCGGCAAUGGCAAGAUCCAUCCUUCACAAGAAAGUGAGGGAGUUGGAUGUAUCAGCUAAGCAACCUCCACAGAACAUUAAAACUAUUAGCAGCUCUCAUUUAUCAGCAACCAACAAAAGCCAAACUGCAGCAAAUAACAGAGAAUCUGUUGUUGCUGAUAGAAAUACAGCUGCCGUAAAAGUUUUUAGUCAAUCAUCAUCAGGUUCAGAUAAAUCUAAGCCUCCCAAGGUUGGUGAUAGUGUUCAUAUCUCUUCCCUUGGGAAAAAAGUGACGGUUUUAGAAGUAGAUUCAUCCAAAGGAGAAAUUGUAGUUCAAGCUGGAAUCAUGAAGUUGAAGCUGAAACUAACUGACGUUCAGAGAUCAUAGAAGUAGGGAAACCAUGACCAAUGUCAUAAAUGAGGAAAAUGUGCAUUGAAAGUGCUAUCAUACGAUGUGGCGUUGGAGGAAAAAAAGGUGGGGGGAUUUUCAAUAUCAGAAACUUCAGUUCCUAGAUUUAGCCGGAUGUGUCAAACAAUACAGUUUUGCAAUGUCAUCAGCUGUGCAAAUAGUUGGCGUGCUAAUUAUGCAAGACUGUGAAAUAAAGAAGAAAACAAGCUAUUCAGUUGAAGUUGUGAACAUCACAUGGUGCUUGCUUGGUGGAAAGAACAGUGACAGGUAUUCAUAGAAAACAAAAAGGCCUUUUUUGACACUGAUGGAGAUGGAAUGUCCCUACUCUCUUGAAGAAGAUUCUACCGGAUUCCAAUUAUGUGAUUGGAUUCCUUUAACUGAAAAAACACCUUCCACGCCCUCCUUACAAAAUCAAUUUCUGAAAGGGGAUCAUGGCGUGACUGUAGAAACGCUUUUUUAUCUGCUAUAGUACAAUGGCGAUAACCAAGUCAGAAUCUAGGAUCUUGUACAAAUCAUCUCGAUUCCCCAACCACUAGCCCCACCCUUGUGGCUUAGAAAGAUUGAGUGUGGUAAAAACACAAGGUUGAUGUACAAAACUAGUUUUCUUUUUUCCAACACAGUUUUGUGUAGGGUGUUUGUUUCUGCAUCAAAAUGUAUGAAAUGCAGUUUUUUUCAUAAGCAACCUAGUGAAGUUUCUUUUUGUUCUUUUUAAGAAAUAGAAGUGAUUUUACCUUCUCAAAUGCAUGUCCAAACACAUGUAAUUAUUGUA